AUGGAGUCCUACGAUAUCAUCGCCAACCAGCCCGUGGUCAUCGACAACGGUUCCGGGGUGAUCAAGGCUGGCUUUGCAGGAGACCAGAUUCCCAAAUAUUGUUUUCCAAACUAUGUUGGACGCCCCAAGCACAUGCGGGUGAUGGCUGGAGCCCUGGAAGGAGACCUCUUUAUCGGACCAAAAGCAGAGGAGCACCGGGGGCUGCUGGCCAUCCGCUACCCCAUGGAGCACGGCGUGGUGAGGGACUGGAAUGACAUGGAGCGCAUCUGGCAGUACGUCUACUCCAAGGACCAGCUGCAAACCUUCUCCGAGGAGCAUCCUGUUCUUCUUACGGAAGCGCCGCUCAACCCGAGUAAGAACCGGGAGAAGGCGGCGGAGGUAUUCUUCGAGACCUUCAAUGUGCCGGCCCUGUUCAUCUCCAUGCAGGCCGUGCUCAGCCUGUAUGCCACAGGACGCACGACGGGAGUGGUUUUGGACUCGGGGGACGGGGUCACGCACGCCGUCCCAGUCUACGAGGGCUUCGCCAUGCCGCACUCCAUCAUGCGGGUGGACAUUGCCGGCCGCGACGUCUCCCGCUACCUCCGGCUGCUGCUGCGCAAGGAGGGGGCGGACUUUCAUACCUCGGCUGAGUUUGAGGUCGUCCGGACCAUCAAAGAGCGGGCCUGCUACCUGUCCAUCAACCCACAGAAGGAUGAGGCCCUGGAGACAGAGAAGGUGCAGUACACCCUGCCAGACGGCAGCACGCUCAACGUAAGUUCAGGCCGGGCGGGGGAGGGUGGUGACGCCGGGACUGGAGGAGGCGGGACCAACUUCAGCUCGUGUCCGAAGGUGGGACCGGCGCGGUUCCGGGCCCCUGAGCUGCUGUUCCAGCCAGACCUGAUAGGGGAUGAGAGUGAGGGGCUCCAUGAGGUGCUGGUCUUCGCCAUCCACAAGUCUGACAUGGAUCUGCGUCGCACGCUGUUCGCCAACAUCAUGCUUUCUGGUGGCUCCACGCUUUUCAAAGGCUUUGGCGAUCGAUUACUAAGUGAAGUAAAGAAGCUUGCCCCAAAGGAUGUCAAAAUCAAGAUCUCGGCCCCUCAGGAACGGCUGUACUCCACAUGGAUCGGGGGCUCUAUCCUGGCCUCACUGGACACUUUUAAGAAGAUGUGGGUAUCCAAAAAGGAAUAUGAAGAGGACGGCUCCCGGGCUAUUCAUCGAAAAACCUUCUAG